UAAUGUCAAUAAAAUAUCAUAAACCCAAUACACACACUAUUGUGAUGUCAAAGUAUACGUGUUCAUUUCUUAAAGCCACUAGAGGGCACCUGUAAGCUCUGAUGUCCUUAGUACACAAGGGCUGGCUGUCAUCACUUUGAGAUGGAUGACUUGGGAUGUGCACCUGGACCAUUUCGCUUUGUUCUAAGGGAGAUGUUAGUCGGGAGAUAAAGUGAAGUUUUACCUCUGGGGGAAAAACGUAUUAUAGGAUAUACACCACAGCUGGUUGGUGCAAUAAAGAACACUCCGAGAGAUCUUGGGUGAACGGCAUAUUAUUUGUAUAAUCAUGAGGGAAACGGGAACUGGGUGUGAACUGGAAGACCUGAGAAACAAAAUAGAGAAGGAAGAAAUCUGUACAGAAUGUCUGAGGAAUUCUCUACCAUUCAGGACUGUCAGAUCAAAUGGCGUGGUACCACACAAAGGCAGAGUGCCUCCCUGUAUACCGAGUGUACAUCCCGGUACUUGGGAAAUGACAAAGGUGCUGGUCACGGGAGGUGCAGGAUACCUGGGACACAACCUUGGAUGUGCCCUAAUGAAGCAGGGAUAUUCUGUUAUAUUGUUUGAUCUAAACAAACCAGACUGGGAAGCACAAAGCCACACUACAUUCAUACAGGGUGACAUAAGGAAUUAUGAUUCCCUCUACAAAGCUUGUGAAGGGGUGGACUGCGUGUUCCAUGCUGCAUCAUUUGGAAUGUCAGGGUAUCAGCAGCUCCAGAAGAGAAAAAUUGAGUCCAUAAAUAUAGGAGGGACACAAGUUGUUAUAGAUGUUUGUAUAGCAAGAAAUAUUCCCAGAUUAAUUUACACCAGUACAGUAAAUGUAGUAUUUGGCGGAAAUUACAUAGAGGAAGGUGAUGAAGAAACAACACCAUAUUAUCCACCUGAAAAGCAGCUGGAUUAUUAUUCCAAGACAAAGACUAUUGCUGAUCAGAUGAUUCUGGCAGCCAAUGGAACUACACUCAAAGGUGGCAGUAAACUCCUGACGUGCGUAUUACGACCUCCUGGAAUUUAUGGACCAGAUGAAAGAAGACUUUUGCCUAGGCUAGUGGCUAAUGCUGAGAAGAGAUUAUUAUGUUUCAAGUUUUGGAAUGAACACACCAAAAUAAAUUGGAUUCACUUGUAUAAUCUGGUAGAUGCUCAUGUACUUGCGGCAGAAGCACUGACAGCGAGCAAAGGGUAUAUUGCUAGUGGAAAGGCAUAUUUUAUCCAUGACGGGGAACAUGUCAGCUUUCACAAGUGGUUUCAUCCAAUGUUUGAAAAACUUGGAUUUCCUGAUCCUUGGAUACCUCUUCCUAGUUGUUUGGUUUAUGUUGUAGCUCUCAUACUGGAAUAUGCACACCUCAUGCUGAGACCGUUUGUAGACAUAAACCCACUGCUGACCAGAAAUGAGGUAAUGAAAAUUGCAGUAAUGCACACUUUUCGAAUAGACAAGGCUCAGAGGGAACUUGGCUACAACCCAAAGAAAUUCUCCUUUGCGGAUUCUGUGGAUUUUUAUAUCAGAAGCCGACAGAGUCCAACCCAACAAAAGCUGAAUGCUACAAAAUUAAUGCAAAUUUUGCUGUGUGUAUUUCUAUGUUUGUGCUUGGUUUUACUUUUAUAAAUCUUUUAGGCAGAGGUAUCUAGCUCUAGAACCAAAAGCUGGUUGAUAGGCAGCCAAAGAAGGGCAUGCUAAGAUCUAUCCACAUUUGGUUUACUAGAUCUGAGCUCCUAACUAUGGGACAUACUGUAUAUAAAGUGACUAAAAGAAUACUUGUGCGCUGCUAUGUGUGACAAUAGUAAUAAGUGAAUAAGCUACCAUUAAAUAGUGAACUCCCUCACUACUAACAAAAAUGGGUAAAGAUAUAAAUGGUGCGCUUGUUCAAAUAAACAUUCAGUGUCAAUAUAUGCACAGUGAUCAAUCAAACAUAUAUAAUCAUCAAACUGUAAGAAUAUAACAUAUAAAUUGUGAUUAAUUAUAAAAAUUAUAAAUAAAUAAAGUCAAUAUUGUGAUAUUCAACAUAACCAGGGAAGAAAAUAUAAUUCCAAGGUAUAUCCAGUGAUUAGAAAUGUAUAUUGCAUCCACCGCCACAAAUAGAUGAAAUGGGCGCUCACCUCAAGGGCUGACCGUAAAGGUCAAACAAAGCUUUAAUUACCGUAUACAAAGGGGUGACUGCAGUGCUGGACACCACACUAACAGCUCCACGAUAUUGGGUAUGACAUUCCUAAUCCAUGAUUGACAGACCGCAUAUAUUGACACUGAUAGGUAGAU